GAAGCUGCGCUGGGAAGGGGCUGCUGCAAGUUCGAAAAAAGCUCGUCGAGCAACGGUCACAAACGCAGUGGCGCUAGGGGCACGUAGUAGUCUGGCUGACCCUCGCCCGCAUCCACGCAAGAAACAACUCUCGAGCCAAGAUGGCAGGAGGUGACCGAAGAGUCAAGUAACCCGAAUAAAAAGGAGACCAGGAUCUCGUCGAUGUCGAAAGCUCACUCGGACGGAAAAACAAGUGACGAUUAUCGCGAUGAUUAUGAAUUGUUGUGGUCGUUGAACAACGAAUGCUCUGUGUCCAUCGAUUGGAGUUAAGCGAACGAGAGAGUGAGAGAGAGAGAGAGAGAGGGAGCUUGAACGCAGGCAGCGAAUUAAUUAGCAAACAGAAGAGAUCAUGGCUCAAGUUAGUUGGGCGCGGAUCUCAUUGACGAUGGAUACUACGAAAUCGACAGAAUUUCACAAGGUAAUCAAUAAUUAGCAGUCAACAUGUUCGUCAAGUGAACGUUCGGACGCUAGCGCUGUGCUUUUAAAAGAUUCCGAGUGACUUGCAUGUGCUCAGCUCAAAAACCAUGGACUCUGCCAUAGAAUCGGAGAAUGUCGAGAAACUAGCCAAAGAGGCUGAGUCGUUAAAAAUUCGCCUCGAAGACGAAAGGCAAAAGCUCAAUGACGUUACCCUUGCCGUUGUUGCCGAAAGACUCGAACCAAUUAGUUGCAUAAACGUGAAGCCUCGUCGGGUUUUAAAAGGACACCAAGCUAAAGUAUUGUGUUCCGAUUGGUCACCGGACAAGCGGCACAUUGUCUCUUCGUCUCAGGAUGGGAAAAUGAUAAUCUGGGAUGCGUUCACGACGAACAAGGAGCACGCUGUCACCAUGCCGACCACGUGGGUCAUCGCCUGCGCGUACGCACCGAGUGGACAGCUUGUUGCGUGCGGCGGCCUUGACAACAAAGUGACCGUCUAUCCAUUGAGCCUCGAAGACGACGUAUCAGCCAAAAAAAAAACGGUGGGCACUCACACCUCGUACACGUCCUGCUGCGCAUUUCCCAACAGCGAUCAGCAGGUGUUGACGGGCAGCGGCGAUAGUACCUGCGCACUGUGGGACGUGGAGAGUGGACAGCUUCUGCAGAACUUCCACGGACACUCGGACAGCGUGAUGUCGAUCGACUUGGCACCCAGCGAAACCGGCAACACCUUCGUCUCGGGUAGCUGCGACAAGCUCGUUUUCAUCUGGGACAUGCGGAGCGGACAGUGCGUGCAGAGCUUCGAAGGACACGAAUCCGACGUCAAUUCGGUGCGCUUCCAUCCGAGCGGCGACGCAGUGGCGACAGGCUCGGACGACGCGACCUGCCGUUUGUUCGACCUGCGCGCCGACAAGGAGAUCGCGAUCUACACAAAGGAGAGCAUACUUUUCGGCGCGAACGCCGUGGAUCUGUCGGUGAGCGGUCGGCUGUUGUUCGCCGGCUACAACGAUUACACGGUCAACGUCUGGGACACGCUCAAGUGCCAACGAGUCGCGUUGCUCUACGGCCAUGAGAACCGGGUCUCCACCUUGAGAGUAUCGCCCGACGGCACCGCACUGUCGACUGGCAGCUGGGACAUGACGCUACGCGUCUGGGCUUAAUGCAGCAUACGUUCUUCGACGAAACAUUUUCAAGAUACCUUUCCUCGCGCGAGCGUGCGGGAUCGUCUUUCGCCCGUGAGGCACUGACGAUCGACCAUUUUCCGUUCAUUAGGACAUACUCUCAGUAUUAUAUUUUUCUUUCGCGUCGAGCACACGGUUUCCUUUUCUUCUCUUUUAUCUGUUGAAGAAACCCUGCGUUAUUACAUGAAUGUGAACAGCUCCUCAAGCUCUUGGGCAUGCUUUGAAAAAGCGGAGAUAUAAAUAUAUCACGUAUCACAGUAUUAUUUUUUACCUGAUCACACGUAUCGUUUUUUAGCCUGCAAAAGAGAGUCAGUUGAUAUGCAUAUUUAGCGGUAAAAAAUCAAACAACAAACGAACAAUAUAUAUUAAAUAAAAAGCAAGAGGCAAUUAACUGCACAAAAAAACGCAUUCAACGUGUAAGAGAGACUAUACAUUAAUUAAAAAAAAAAUGAGGCAAACAAAACAUAAAACGAUGAAGCUGAUUAAAGAGCGCUCAUACGAUCCGACCUGGUGUUCAAUGUCCAGUAUCAUAUUUAUAGCCCUGAUGAAAGUAUUUUUAAAAAUAAUAAAAGAGAUCAAAACCUUCUUCGUAUUUUCGUUAGAAAUAAAAACAAUUGAAACCGUACGCAAAUGUGAUAAAAUUCCGUUCUAAAUAACAUAUAAACACGUAUAACUAAGUUGAAAAAAUGAAUUUAUCUGCUGGCGUUUGAAAAUAUUUUCAUCAGCGAUUAAGAAUAUUAAGACUGCCAUAUAACCAUGACGGGUAGUCGCUUCGUUUUGGGCGCGAGGAGAUUGAUAUUGUUAUAGUCGUUAAAACAAAGAAAAACCAACAAAAAAAUAAGUACUUUAGAAUGUUUAAUGCAAUAGCAAAAGCGAGUGGAGCGCAAAAAACACUAGAGAGCAACACACGGUGUAAAGAAGAUGCAGUGUGCGGUAUAUGUAGGUCGCAAUGAAAGAUGAAUGUUUAGGCUGGUCCUAAUUCAAAACGUAAGUUGUUCGGACAAUAUAGAUAUUAAAAAUACGCAUAGACAGAUUCUUUGUGAAAAAAGGGAAAGAGUGCAAUGCCACAGCAGAUAAAACGAAUAAAGAAGAUAUCUAGUAAACGCAAUGUAUAAAUGCAUUUUACUUUUGAUUUUCCUUCGUUAUUCUGUUUGAAUUUUGUUACUAUAGUCGCAUGAAUAUCGAUAUUAUAUUUUGCUUUUAUAUAUCGGCUUUUAGCCUUUAUGACGAGUAAUACAUUUUAUGUUUCCAUGGAAUAUCGUUAGAAUAUACAUGAAAGAAAAAGAAUUGCAUUGAGUACAAAAUAUUUUUCCGUUGAUGAGUUUUUGGGUUUAUCUUGAAACGACGAUGUUAGACGAUGAAAAUUUUAUCUGUUAUAAUUAAACAACUGCCACAUAAUUU